GCAUGCUCAUUUGUCCACGACUCCUGGCUUACUAGUGAAUUUUUUUUCAGCAUUAGCUAAACUUUGAAUACCUAAAACAACAAUUUUCCUUGUGUUGCAUGAACACCUAGUCCGUGUAUGUGCAGUGCCGCAAUAUUGGGGCUUUUUAUGAAGACAAACAAACUGCGGAAACAGUGUUAGUGCGGCUUUUUGCUGGUGGGUUUGCUAGCUAGCUAAACAACAGAGAUUGGUUGUUAGCUAACUUACAUACAUUAAAGUGGACUUCUCAGUCUUUUUUGCAAAUAAUUAAACGUUUUUUUAAGUUUGAAAAAAAUUGCAGUACUGUCUCAACCUCAAGGUAAGCUCUAAAUUGUGCUGGCAUGGGCAUCGCUAAAUGAGUGCUCGGCCGCUUCGGUAUUUUUUGACUCGUACAAUAAUGUGAGUUCAGUCCCGUAAAAGCAGAGAAUGGACAGAGACUUGUUGAGGCAAUGUCUGACGUAUCAUGGACAAUCCCUGUUCAACACGCUGAAAUGUGAACAAACGGAAAAUCCAGACUUCCAAGCGGUGGUGUCUGACCUCUGCAAAGCCACGUAUGAGAGUAGGUGUGAAGAGCAGAGCAACCCACUUGUGGAGCAGUUCAUUGCCAGGAAGGCUGACAUCCUGUUCAGUCCAGUAUGGAGGACCACUGGUCUUCGAGGAGAGGAGCACGAGGAGGAGGAGGCUGUAGAGCCCUAUGCAGUUAUGCCACCAAUGGAGGUAUUCAUGGAGGUGUCGUAUGAGGAGAGGCGAUCCAUGAUUUACCGGGAUUUGGAAAGAGGAGACAUUGUGGUGGGGAGGAUCAACAACAUUAGAGAAUACGGCUUCUUUCUCACUCUGUUUUGCACAGCAGGAGGUCUGAAAAGAGACAUUGAGGACUUAGAGUUGUCGGCUCUGUGUCAUGUCAGAGAAAUUCCCUCUACUGGCAGCCAUGAUGAUCCCCUGGCGUACUACCAGAUUGGGGACUUCAUCAGAGCUGGAGUGAAAGAUAUUGAUCGCUACCAGGAGAAAAUCACAGUGUCGCUCCAUCAGGCCUGUCUUUCUCCGAGCUUGGAGCACAUCAAACUUGGUGUCAUUACCAAGGAGGAACUGCCUGUUCAUUACAGUCGUAGUGUUCAGGCAGCCACUGACUCCAGUGAGACAUAUGAGCGUAUACUGACAGGUUGCCAUGGAUACCACAACCCCUCUGUAGUGGACUACUUGCUGGAAAAGGUGGGAAUUAGUGAUACCCACCCACCGUCAAUGAUGCGAGGACUGCAGAGUAAACUUUUCCAAGCAGAGGAUUUUGCUUCUGCAAUCAGGAAGAAACAGUCUGCAUCCUGGGCCUUAAAGUGUGUCCGUGCAGGGGUGGACCACUUCAAACAUGGUCGCCAUGUGGAAGCCAUGAAUGAAUACAACAAAGCCUUGGAAAUAGACAUUAGUAAUGUAGAAGCACUGGUGGCACGUGGAGCUCUGUAUGCUAACAAAGGCAGCAUCAUGAAGGCAAUAACAGACUUUGAACGAGCUCUGGAGAACUGUCCCGAUCACCGCAACGCCAAGAAGUAUCUGUGUCAGACACUAGUGGAGAGAGGAAAACAGCUUGAGGAACAGGAAAAGCUAGUAACAGCUGAAGGAUUGUACAGAAGAGCUCUAGCUUUAGAUGGCUCAAACUCUGAGGCACAGGAAGCCCUGCACAAGAUCACAGACACUAUACAGAAAUCGAUUCGCCUGCGAGAGGAAGCACUGGCUAAGGAACAGGUCAAAACUAAGAGUGGCCAGAGCAGUGCUGAAAAAUUACGUAAGAUCUUAAAAGAGGAGAAGAGGAUGAAGAAAAAACGGAAGAGAUCAUCCUCCUCCUCAUCCUCCACUUCUUCAAGGACAUCCUCCUCCUCCACAUCAUCAUCGUCCUCUCGCAGGCAGUCUAAAAAGAAGAAAAAGAAAAGGAGGAAAUCAGAGCGUGGAAGCAAGCGCCAUCGCAGGAUCUCCUCAAAGGAGAGCAGGAGAAGCAAUGAGGGUGGGAGGCCUGGGGUUUGGAGUGAGGGACGAGGAGCAGGUAGAAGGGAAGGAUGCAGAUGAUAGAAAGAGUUUCAAGCUGUACUCGCUGUCAGCAGCUUCAGAAGAGGAAGAGUCUGACUCCUCACAGAGAGAAAGAAAGGGAAGGGACAGGGAGGAGAGCAGGACGAAGAAAACAAAGAGCAGCCUGAGCAGAAGC